AUGAAAAAUGAAAAAGAGUUUCAAUUAAAUAACGAAACAAGAGAUAUUGAACAAGAGGCAAAACUGCAGUCUGGUCUCCAGAUUUUGCCCUGCUUCCUGACCUUGCCUGGUGAUCUCAUCUCAGAGUCGGGUCGCGCCUGGCCUUGCCGGGCCUCGGCCUCACCGGGCCUCGCCUCGCCUCGGCCUCGGCCUCACCGGGCCUCGCCUCGCCUAGCCUCGCUGGGCCUCGCCUCGCCUUGGCCUCGACCUCGCCCUCGCCUCGCCUGGCCUCAGCCUCGGCCUCUCCUCCCCGGGCCUCGCCUAGCCUGGCCUGGCCUCGCCUCACCUGGUCUCGCUUUGCCUCGCCUGGCCUCGUCUCGCCUUGCCUCGGCCUCGGCCUCUCCUCGCCUGGCCUCGCCGGGCCUCGCCUCUCCUCACCUCGCCUUGCCUCACCUGGCCUCGGCCUCGCCUCGCCUGGCCUCGGCCUCGGUCUCUCCUCGCCGGGCCUCGCCUCGGCCUCGCUUCGCCUGGCCUCGCUCGGCCUCGCCGGGCCUCGGCCUCGGCCUCUCCUCGCCUGGCCUCGCCGAGCCUCGCCGGGCCUCGCCGAGCCUCACCUCACCUCACCUGGCCUCACCAUCACCUGGUUUCGCAUCGCAUCGCAUCACAUCACAUCUCAGUGUCGCCGCAGACAGGUUUCCUUCGGGCCUAAUUAAAGGUCUCAAUCUCUUUGCCUCCAUAUCUUGA